AUGGCCAUCAACAUUGCCCAAGGGUUCGCCCGGUUCAUUCCCAUGGUCGGCUACCACCAUGUUCUGAUGAUUAUCAUUGCCGUUGCAAUUAUUCUGCUAUCUCUACUAUUGGCCGGAUGCUCGUCGUCGUCGCCGCAAAUCCCCGACAUCUUCCUUAUUUCCAUGUACUACGAGCGUUACAAGCCUACAUUCAACCUUGCCCAGGUGGACCCCGGUGUGGUCACGGCAACAGCGAACAUCGUGGGAGGUGCAGAGAUGGAGGUUCGUGUGGGGUAUUUUGGAAUCUGCAUCCAGCCCGACGGAGGAUCAUACAUCUGCAACUCGAACGCGACAGCGCUGGCGGAGGUUGUCACCGUCGACCAAGAUCCGUUGAACUUGAUUUGGGUUGCGGCCACAUUUAAAGAUGCCGUCGUGUUCCCGUAUUUGCUAAUCAUCGCCGUUAUCCUGGCAUUCUUCUGCUUUAUUCUUCUCGCCACUUUCCCCGGAUGGCACGAGGAGGUCGACGGUACCGGUUCAGAGAAGGAAGUAAAACCAUUCCCAUCACGAGCGGUCUCGCAAGUUGCAUUGGCACUCAUCUUUAUCGCAUCCGUCUUCAUCCUUGUUUCAGUGCUAUGGCAACAUACAGCGUCCGUGGCAGCCAGUACCAUAGCGCAAGACAUGGGCAACGGCAGCGUAAAGAGCGGCGUCGGCUCAUCUGCCAUGGUCCUUGGCUGGUUUGGAUUCGGUUUAAUGGUGGUGACGACAAUAGGCCUGCUGGUUAUGAUCCUCAGUAUCAGGUUGAUCCGGCAAUUGACGGACGAUGAAGAAGAAGCAUAA